AUGAGUGAGGGUGAUCAAAGAUACCCCCGACCCCUUGAUGAUGUCCCUUCCACAUCUAGCAAUCUUUCUUCAGUCAGAGAUCGGACAUACCCUGAGUCCCUUGCCUGCCCAUGUGAUGAUGGGGUCAUGGUGUACAUGAGUUAUUUAGAAAAGACGGAGCUGCAAAUCUUCAAGAAGAUGUUGGUGAAUGAGCAGUUCCUGCCGGACACUCUCGGCAUCACCUGGGAGCAGCUGGACAGAGCCAGCUGGGCAGAGAUGGUUCAUCUCUUAAUAGAAAUUUUUCCUGGAGUCCUAGCUUGGCGCGUGGUUCUUGAAAUCUUGAACACGAUGAACAAGAGCAGAAUUUGUUCCCUGGUCGAGAAGGAGCUAAAGGACAUCCUUCCUACCUUGGAACUGACGUACUUCCAUCUAAAUCUAAGAAAAGCACCCCUGAGUCUGACAAGCGAAGACUGUGAUCAAAUACAGGCGUACAGACAACACGUGAUGAAAGAUAAUUUCCCUGAAUGGGACAAAACCAUCUGGCCUGGAAACCAAGAAGAUUUCUUGUACAUGGAGAUAGAAAAACACAACGCUGUCUUGCCAUGUCUCUUUCUACCCAGGAGUCCCCACAUGAGACAGCCUAAUACUGUGAUCAUCCAUGGAAUUCCUGGUAUUGGAAAAACAACCCUGGCCAGAAAGGUCAUGGCGAUGUGGGCACGCGAUGAGUUCUACGCACACAAAUUCAAGUAUGCUUUCUAUUGCCACUGCCGAGAGCUGAGCAGGGUGGGAGAGCGCAGUUUCUCUGAGUGGAUCGAGAGCCAAGGGCUUAGGUCUCAGGCUCUUGUGUCGAAGAUUUUAUCCAGACCAGAUCAGCUUCUGCUCCUAUUUGAUGGCUUUGAGGAAUUCACAUCUUCCCUCAUCACAGGGACAGCUGGUCUGACAAAAGACUGGAACCAGAAGCUGCCUGGGACUCUUCUCCUGAGCAGUUUGCUGAGCAAAAGGAUGCUUCCAGAAGCCACGCUCCUGAUCAUGGUGAGGCCGACCUCCUGGAAAGGAGUUAAACUCUUAGUCAGAAAUCCCUCCCAUGUCACCCUGACAGGAUUUAAUAGGACUGAAACACUCAACUAUUUUAGGCUGUACUUCAAAAGGGAAGUGAUGGGCGAUGAAGCUGUGGAUUUUGCCAUGAAAAACGCCAUCCUCUUGUCCAUGUGUCGGGUCCCUGUGAUAUGCUGGCUGGUAUGUUAUUGUCUAAGGACACAAAUGGAAGAGACAGUAGAUCUCACAAAGGCUUGCCCAAAUGCCACAUCUGUGUUUGUCUUGUAUCUGGCAACCCUGUUCAGUACAAUAUUUAAGAAACUUUCCAGCAGCGAUUACCAAAAGCAACUGGAAGGUGUGUGCCAUCUGGCUGCCCAUGGUAUAUGGUCCCUGAAGAAUGUGUUUGAUAAGACAGAAUUUCAGUAUGUCAUGGUGGCGGAGACCACCAUAGACGCUUUUCUUCAAGUGAACAUUCUUCGAAAGCUAGAAGGCCAAGGGGACCAUUACAUGUUUGCCCUGUUUAUCUUCCAGGAAUUUUUUGGUGCCUUGUUUCACAUUCUCUGUUAUGCUGAAAGAGACAUAGACUAUCACUGGGUGAGCCGCAAAGACAUCCAGGAUCUGAUCAAAUUGUCAAGAGAAAGCGAAACCUACGAUUCUCAGAUGGGGCUUUUCUUUUUUGGUCUUUUAAAUGAGGAGUGUGCUGAGAUUGUGUUGAGAUCCUUCAAGUGUGAGUUAUUCUCCAGUAACAAAUUAAAGGCCGUAAAAGUGAUAAACAAAUUGAGUAACAAUCCAUGCUGUGAGAUCUCACAGCUCUUCCACUGUCUGGCCGAAACCAGGGAGGAGAACUUUGCACUCAGUUCACUGGUGGGUUAUCAAAAAGUUUCUUUGAAAAUCAAGAGCCAAGAAGACCUCGAGGCAUCUGCUUUUUGCCUUAAGCACUGUCCAGAUUUGAAGAAAGUAGAACUGACUCUCUCAAGAGACUUUUACAAGGAACUGGGGCCCAGCUCAGCAGAUCUUGCCUCUAGCAUUCACGUGAAAGAGGAUGAGAUUCUUUUCGACUGGUUGCAAGAUGUCUGCUCUGUGUUUGAAACAAGUGACAAUUUGGAAAUGCUGACUGUGUCUAACAGCGUCAUGAAGGCCCCAGUGAUGCAGAUACUCGCCACCACCCUGAAGAAGCCCCAGUGUAAGCUGCAACGCCUCACUUUGAGGCGUGUGAGUCGUCUAUUGCACGGAGACUUAUUCCAUGUUUGGACUGAAAACCAGCAUCUGAGACAGCUGGGAGCAGGACACACAAACCUGGGAGAGGAGGCCAUGAAAUCCCUACGUGUGGUGCUGGAAUCCCCGCCCCCCUCCCCCCAGUGUCUUCUGCAGGGUGUAAGGUUGGAGCACUGUGAGGCCACCCCUAAAAACUGGGUUGAUCUUGUUGGUGAUCUUGAAAGGAACACACAACUGAAGACCCUGCUACUGAGAGAGAAUUUCCUAGGAAUUUUUGGGGUGAAUCACCUGUCCACGAGUCACCUCGGGGAACUGGCGCUGGAGAAAUGUAACCUCACUGAGGUCUCGUGUGAAGCCAUUGCCAUCUCUCUCAGGCACAGUAAGCUGCUGACCCACCUGAGCCUGGCAGAGAACAACUUGAAGGAUGCGGGAUCGAGGCAUAUCUGGCGUGCUUUGGAAUAUUUAAUGUGUCCUUUGCAGAGACUGGUGCUGAGGCAGUGUUCUUUGACUUCGGGUUGCUGUAAGUAUAUGGCAUCGGCUCUGAAGAACAAUAAAAACCUGAGAAGUCUGGACCUGAGUUUCAAUCAGCUGAGGGACGAUGGGAUCAUCCUGCUCUGUGAAGCAAUGAAUGAUGCUGACUGCGAAUUGUUAAUUCUGGAGUUGGAAAAAUGCAACUUCACCUCCAUCUCUUGCCACGUUCUGGCAUCCAUGCUCUGUAGCUACAAGAAGCUGAGGCACCUGGACAUAAGCAAGAAUUUCAUCGGGAUGGAAGGCAGGGUGACCCUGAGCCUGAUCUUCAACGGCAAGCAGGGAAUACCGGUGGUGGCGCAGGAGAAGAAAGAAAAUGAGAAAGUGGACAUGUACACGAGACUAAAGGGUCCAGACGCAAAGGAUGGCCCGCUGACGAUCAUACAAGACUGGAACUCUCAAAGCCUCAACACACCAUGGAGGCAAAUGCAGCCAGAUACCCACGGAACACAUUCUUUCUAAUUGACAUGGGAUGCCGAGGCUGGCUUGCAGGUCCUUCUUUGUCCGGAACAGCCCAGUCUGUUCUAGGGUAGGGUGUGGGCUCGGCCUCCACAGCCCCGUCUGAGUUAGGGACUGUCACUCUGUUCAUAUGCCGAUGAGACUCUUAAAUGGGACCCGGUGGUAAGGAGGGCUGGGAAAUUUCUGUUUCACAUACUGGAGU